AUGUUGAAGGUAUAUUCAGUAGCUAUUCUUGCAUUCGCAGGCACUGGCGGUGCAGCGGUGGACUACAGUCAAUAUGUAAACAUCUUAUUUCCCGGCGUCGUAGCAGCGCCGUUCGCUAUGGCCAAACUUGGUCCCGAUGUUCAAUCUGGAACAACAGACGCAUACUCUGGAUACUUACCAGAAGGCAAUAUCUGGGGCUUUAGUAUGAUGCACGAGUCGGGUACAGGAGGGGCGCCAAAGUAUGGCGUUGUGUCGCAGAUGCCAGUCGUUGGAAUCGUUCCGGAUCCGCUGGCAGACUUGUCCCAACCUAGGGCUUCUGGAGAUCAGGGCGGCGUUGGAUGGUACGAGUCUCGCCUAGCAAACAAUGUUACGGUGCGGCUUGCGGCGACAGAGCAUGCGGGUUUCUACGAGUAUACCUUUCCUGGUGGCAACAGUACGACAUCGUCUAUCGUUGUAGAUGUGUCUCAUGUACUUCCAAGCUUCAGAGGCCUCGGUUGGGAGCAGCACUAUUCUGGUGGCACGUUCAAGCUCCUCGAUGGAAGGUACUACGAAGGUUCGGGGACAUACAACAACGGCUGGAAUCUCUCGCCAGACUGGACCAUUUACUUCUGUGGGAGAUUCGAUAAAGGAACUGUGCGUUCCAUGGUAUUUGCCGGAAAUAUGUCCGUCAGUAACAACUCCAACUAUGUCGCCGGGACUGCUCGGCUGGGAGGUGUUUUCACCUUUAAAGAGACAGAUUUAACUUCGCAGGUCGGUAUAUCCUUUCUCUCUACCAUAAAAGCCUGCCAAAAUCUGGACGACGAGAUCAGCGAAGACGACAGUAUCCAGUCACUUACUGAGGCUGCCCAAAAUCGGUGGAACGACGAGAUCUUCAAUAAGAUACAGAUUUCUUCCGAGCAGACUGAAGACCAUCAACUCUUGUACAGUUCCCUGUAUGGAAUGUUUCUCAUACCCUCUAAUAGGACAGGAGAGAACCCGGGAUGGGACAGCAGCGAACCAUAUUACGACGAUGUAUUCACCUUGUGGGAUACCCACCGGUGCCACACAUCGCUCUUCCAGAUAGUGCAGCCUACUGCGUACGAAGAGUUUGUGCGAUCACUGAUCGACAUCUGGCGGCAUGACGGAUUCAUGCCUGAUGCCCGAUCGUCCAACUUCAACGGACGCGUGCAAGGCGGCUCGAAUGCGGAUAAUGUUCUAGCCGACGCUUACGUCAAAGGUGUGCGAGGCGCCGUAGAUUGGGAAGACGGAUUCGGCGCGAUGAGAACCGAUGCUGAGGUCGCGCCACCACUUGACAUAAUUGACCCCAGAGCUCCCGAGGCGUCUACCAAAGAAGGCAGAGGCGCUCUUCCGGAUUGGCUGCAGUACGGCUACAUCACACCUCGCUUUACACGCGCUGUAUCGAGAGCGGUAGAGUAUUCGACGAACGACUUUGGCCUAUAUCAGGUCGCCGUUGGUCUGGGCAAGUCGAAGGAGGCGGUAACAUACUUCAACCGCUCACGAAACUGGCGGAACCACUGGAAUCCAAACGCUACAUCUGAAGGCCAUUCUGGAUUUGUGGUUCCUAGACAAGCAAACGGGUCGUUUGUCGCACAGGAUCCGAAAGACUGUGGAGGUUGCUACUGGGGCGAUGCAUAUUAUGAAGACAACGCUUGGAUUUACAGCAUGAACGCGAUACACGAUGUAGCGGAACUGAAGAGGCGGAUUGGUGGUGAUGAGAGAUUCGUUGACAGACUGGACAAUCUUUUCGAGUUGGAAAUCUUCAAUGCGGGUAAUGAGCCAGGUUUCACAACACCGUACUUAUACAAUUUUGUACCAGGGCAGCAGUGGAGAAGUGUCGAGAGGGGCCGAGCAAUUAGUUCUCUGUUCAAUGCAGGCGAAAGUGGUUUGCCCGGCAACUCGGACGCUGGCGCUAUGGAGAGUCUUCUGGUGUGGCAGAUGAUUGGUCUUUUCCCUAUGACUGGACAGACGACCUUCCUGGUCCUUGCUCCGUGGUUCGGGCAGAUGUCGAUCAGUCUUGGGAACAGCAAGCGUCUUGUAGUCUCCACAACUGGCGGUGACCGUGAUAACGCCCCAUACGUUCAAAGCUUAAGAGUUAACGGCAAGCCGUGGAAUAAGGCAUGGGUAGCCUGGGAAGAUAUCUUUGCAGAUGGUGGUACUUUGGAUUUUGUGCUUGGCACAGAGAAAGUGGGAUGGUCGACUGGCGACUUGCCGCCAAGUCCGGCCUCAGUAUAG